GGCCGUAUUCGUGGUGAGCGCGGUCUUCGAUCCGUUUCCGCGGUCAGGUCCCAGCGAUGGUCCGCAUGUUUCUUAGCCGCGCAUAUGCGCUGAUUGACAUGCUAUUGUUCCGCAGUUCAAGUCGCGGACAUCAUUGUGUAGAGAGGAAGUAAAGGCCCACAAGGCGUCGCCGGAGUUCAUCGUCCAUAUGUAACCGCAUCGUCAUAAUUGCACCCCUUCGGCAAGAACAACCGUGCCACCCCGCGGCGACGCGCUCAACGCGUCCGACGCGUAAACUUUAGCACCUCCAAUCAACAUCGCUGAGGCAUCCAACAACAGCCAGCUCCACAAAACGCCGUCUAGAAGGUAUAGUCUUGCAGUCGCAGUGCGCACGGAAACACAACACAACAGACCAAAUACCACUCGCCAACAACCACUCACAGCAAGACAACCGCCGCGAUGCUAUCAAUCCAGCCCAGCAGCCCCAAGAAACACACUCCCAACCUGCUCCCCGCGCGCAUAAACCACAACGGUCGAAUACCCACCACACCGCACCACUGGACGCCCACAACUGACGAGAAAGGUACGCGGCACGUCCACUUCCGCGGCCGCCACCUGCACGGCACCACCCUGCCGCUGCCUGCCACACACACGGGCGCCAUCCUGCUCGUAACAGAUAAACCCGCGCCUCCAGCACCCGCCAAGUGUCUAGACGAAGACGCAGACGCAGAUGGAGAUGGGGACAUGGAUGAAGUUCCCGAGGACGUCAAGAUUGCAGAGCAGAUCGGCGAGUUCGACGAGCUGGUCGUCUGGGGCCAUGGGGGGACGGUGGAUGAAGGCGACAUGUAUAUCAGGGGCGUGAGGGAGUGGAUUGGGUUCGCGGCGAGUAUGCACUGUGACGAUGAAGACGGGCAAGGGGAAGGAAAACUGCAGACGAACGGGGCGGAGGCGUCGUGACAUGUGUUGGACGUCGAGGCUAGUGGGGAUUGCAGGAUACCCAAGAGUACAAUGAAUGAAGGUUGAUCAAGCUCAAGAUUAAGCUACGGAUGGUGGAUGCCGUCAGCCCUUGCGGAUAUCCUGCCAUCCUUCAAGAUACGUGUGGCACGCGCUCAGCACCGGGAGGAGCAGCAUGGCUACGCUCAGCGUCUGCCCAAA